GCGGGGGAAAGGGGGAUUAACCCGAAGAAAGAAAGAAGUGGGUGGGUGGGGGGAGCCAGCGUCUCUCCUGGGGCAAUAGCCUUUCGUCCCCCGGAACCUACGGCGCGGCGGAACGUUCAGGGGGCGACUUUCACCCAUUUUGUGCCCCCUUUUUGCCCACCCCUGAAAUGAAAGGACAAAAGUUGGCGCUGACUCUCGCUGCUCGGAUGGCUACUUGUGCGUUUUCAGCGGCAUCUCCCGGAGAAAAAGCUAUGCGCGCCUGAAUGGUCGGUGGCCCCAAAGCUGCAGUGGGUGUGUGCGCACGUCUCUGUGUAUGUGUGUCUGUACACAGACGUUCACACACUUGAGGCAGCAGGAUCAGCUCCUGGAGCAGACAUUUCUUCCACAGUCUCGGAGAGGAGGAGCUGGAGAUCAGGAGACGUGAGCCGCCGGGAGUUUUGCAGAAUCCGUGGUGUGAAUGAACUGGGGGCACCUGGGCGCACGGAUCGCUACCUCCACCCCCCGCCCCGGGUCAGACUUGAGCAGUGGGACUUUUUUUUUUCACCCUGUUGUGAAGAAUUUUUUUUUUUAUUAUUUGUUGUAAAGUCUUUUGCACAAUCACGCCCACAUUUGGGGUUGGAAAGCCCUAAUUACCGCCAUCGCUGAUGGACGUUGGAGAGGGAGCGCCUCGCCAAGGAACAGUCGUCUGCGCGCCCUCGCCGGACCCGCGGCUCCGUCGGUGCGCCCCAAACCGGCCCUACCCCUACUGCCCGCCCGCGGGCUUUGGCGCCCCCUCGGCUACCGGGCGCAUCCCAGUGCUGCCCCGGCUCGGGUGCACAGGCCCCGGCGCUAAAACUCGUUUCAGCCCCGGUUCCCUACGCCCGCCCGACGCUCCCGCAAGGAGCCCGCAGCCCUGCAUCCGAUCGUCCCCCCAGGCUUAACCCGGCUGCUCAGCUCGGAUUCCUCAGCUGCCCUAGCUCGGGUGGCGACUUCCUCCCCGCGCCCCCUCCCCCUCGUCAUGAAGAAGUCCAUUGGAAUAUUAAGCCCUGGAGUUGCUUUGGGGAUGGCUGGCAGUGCAGUGACUUCCAAGUUUUUCCUAAUGGCUCUGGCCAUAUUUUUCUCCUUCUCCCAGGUUGUAGUAGAAGCCAAUUCUUGGUGGUCGCUAGGUAUGAAUAACCCUGUUCAGAUGUCAGAAGUAUAUAUCAUAGGAGCACAGCCUCUCUGCAGCCAGCUGGCAGGACUUUCUCAAGGACAGAAGAAACUGUGCCACUUGUAUCAGGACCACAUGCAGUACAUCGGAGAAGGCGCGAAGACAGGCAUCAAAGAAUGCCAGUAUCAAUUCCGACAUCGAAGAUGGAACUGCAGCACUGUGGAUAACACCUCCGUUUUUGGCAGGGUUAUGCAGAUAGGCAGCCGCGAGACUGCAUUCACGUACGCCGUGAGCGCCGCGGGGGUGGUGAACGCCAUGAGCCGCGCGUGCCGCGAGGGCGAGCUCUCCACCUGCGGCUGCAGCCGCGCCGCGCGCCCCAAGGACCUGCCCCGGGACUGGCUGUGGGGCGGCUGCGGAGACAACAUCGACUACGGCUACCGCUUCGCCAAGGAGUUCGUGGACGCGCGCGAGCGGGAGCGCAUCCACGCCAAGGGCUCCUAUGAGAGCGCGCGCAUCCUCAUGAACUUGCACAACAACGAGGCGGGCCGCAGGACGGUGUACAACCUAGCAGACGUGGCCUGCAAGUGUCAUGGGGUGUCCGGCUCGUGCAGCCUGAAGACGUGCUGGCUGCAGCUGGCAGACUUCCGCAAGGUGGGCGAUGCGCUCAAGGAGAAGUAUGACAGCGCCGCGGCCAUGCGGCUCAACAGCCGGGGCAAACUGGUGCAGGUCAACAGCCGUUUCAACACUCCCACCACACAGGACCUGGUCUACAUUGAUCCUAGUCCUGACUACUGCGUACGCAAUGAGAGCACUGGCUCACUGGGCACUCAGGGGCGCUUGUGCAACAAGACGUCUGAGGGCAUGGACGGCUGCGAGCUUAUGUGCUGCGGCCGUGGCUAUGACCAGUUCAAGACGGUGCAGACGGAGCGCUGCCACUGCAAGUUCCACUGGUGCUGCUAUGUCAAGUGCAAGAAGUGCACUGAGAUUGUGGAUCAAUUCGUGUGCAAAUAGUGGCUGCCUGCCGCCCACCCCACCACCCAGGACCCACUUAUUUAUAGAAAGUACAGUGAUUCUCUUGUUUUUGUUUUUUUUAAAUACUGUUUUAUUGUUCCCCAAGAAUUGCAACCGUAACCAUUUUUUUCUGUUCCCAUCUAUGAAUUCAGUGGCUUAUUAUUAGUAUUAUAAUUAUUAUUUGGCAAUAAUGGGGGUGGGGACCAAGAAAAAUAUUUAUUUUGUGGAUUUUUAAAAGGUAAUGAAGACCUCUUUUGAUAGAGGUUGAGGGAGAAAUAUCACAUACCCUGACCUAGCUGUGUGGACACAGUGCACAUCCAGAAGGUAAAGGAAAUGCUUUUUCUUUUUCUCAAAUGUGGCAUCAUAUGGAAUGGGUAGGAUCCAGUUGGAAGACGUGGUACAUAUCUAUGUACGAUUUGGCUUCUGUAGACAAAUGAAUUGUAAAUGCUCUGAUGAAAGUGGAAAGGUUCGUGGUAGGAUCUUGAGGGAAAAAAAUGGGACCUCCUUCCUCAGGGGCUUCAGGUCUGCUUUUUCCAUUUUCAGAGUGGUAAUUUAAAAUAUAAGGGUGAGAUUCUCAUAUCCCUCAAAGGAAAAAGGUAUAUCAUGUUUCAUCUUAAAUAUUCCUUCAGCAGAUAGUCCUAUUCUAAUAGCUGGUGAAACUUGGGGGGCAGGGGAGGGGCAAGGAAGAAAAUUCCCAGAAGUAAAAAAAACAACAAAAUUCUCAUAUUAAGAGAAUGUCUUGAAGCUCUUUUAGGAUUAAGUUUUCAGAUUAGAAAAGGAUCCUCACUGAUGCAAUUGCGAGUACUAGACUUUUUGUUUGGGGCAGGGGGUGGUUGGCUUGAAUAUAAAGGAAAAUAGACUGUAACUUUACUUAGGGAUCCUUGGUUAACAAAUGAUAAUGAAAGUCAUACAUGAAUUCCAUUCACAGUUCCACAGCCCAGACAAGGUAAUUGCAUGCAGUUCAGCACUGCACCCGAGCAGAAAACCUAUUUGAGGAAGAAAAGUGAAACCUGCCCUCCCUACGCGAUCCCAGGUCCCCUCGGAUUCCCCUGUGCCACGAUGCUGGCCAUGUUUCCAUGUGGCAGCUCCACUGGGUCCCCCUUGAUUACAAGAGAGGAAAUGAAACAUUAGGAGCUCCACUCAGAAAACAAUUUGCUUCUUAGUGAUUUUUUUUCCCUAAAACUUUUAUUUCGAGGAACAGUAGUUUUAUAUUUUAAUGAUAUUAUGGGGCUAAUGGAGUUGACAGAGGUGUUGCAGCGUUUCGUUAUUAUGAUCCUGUGUUUAGAAUCUCCACUUGAGCUUUUUUAUACUGCAGGUGUACCUAAAACUGUUCCUAGUGUACUUGAACAGUUGCAUUUAUAUGGGGACAGGGGGAAAUGUGGUCCAGUGGUGCCUGAAAUCUCAAAGUCUUUGUACAUAACACGUAUAUAUAUAUACAUAUAUAUAUAAAUAGAUAUAAUUAUAUCUCAGCACAGCCAAUGAUUUAGAUUUACAGUUUACUCUUUCUGGAGCAUUGUUGUCCUUCAUUGCAGUCCAAUUGGGAUUUUCGCCAAAAGUUUUUUAAGUCCUCAGCUUGGGUUGCCACCCUGAUGCAAUUUUGUCUUGGGCACCACGAAGCGGCCUUAUUUCUGAGGAAUCUUGAAGGUCUGACUCACUGAAAUGCACAUUGGCUUAAAGAUUUCUUUUCUCUGUAAUACCCCACCCCCUUUUCUUGAUCCUCCAUUUGUGUAUACUUUCCAGAGAGGGAAUAAUUUGUUUGUCAUAGACAUGGAAAUUAAGAAAUAUUCAAAACAUAGAAGCACUGUCAAUGGUCAUCUUUUCUUAAUUCAUUCUGCAGAAUGGAAAUCAGUGCUGUUCGAUUUGAUUGUACUUAUUUGAUUGUCCCUAUGAAAACUCCAGCUCGCUACAUAUAUAGCUAGUUUUUAAUUUUUUUAAUUUUAAUUGUUUUAUACAAGGACACCUUUUUCCAGAAAAUUCCAUCAAAUGCAUUCUUCCCUGAGACAUACUAUUUUAAAAGUUUGGAAAGGUGCACAUCUCCCACAACCUUCAUAGCCUUGGUGGCAUCUCCAUCACUCCAGCCAUCUGUGGCUCUUAAUUUAUUGCACAAGGAUAUUCGCUUCCCCUCAUUGAAUUGCAAGCAAAAGAUCUUGAAAUUUUUUUAAAAAGCACUAAUUAAAGUGUCACUUUUUUGGUUUUUAUUAUACAAAAACCAUGAAGUAAGUUUUUUAUUUGCUGAGUCAGAUUUUGUUCCUUUUUAGUUAUUCAUGUUUAUGAAGAGAGCUGAGUUUAACAAUCCUAGCUUUUAAAAGAAACUAUUUAAUGUAAAAUAUUCUACUUGUCAUUCAGAUAUUAUGUAUAUCUUCUGUGGCCUUUAUUCUGUACUUUUAAUGUACAUAUUUCUGUCUUAUGUGAUUUGUAUAUUUCACUGGUUUAAAAAACAAACAUCGAAGGGCUUAUGCCAAAUGGAAGAUAGACUAUAAAAUAAAACAUUACUUGUAUAUUGGUAAGUGGUUUCAGUUGUCCUUCAGAUAAUUCACGUGGAGAUUUUUGGAGAAAUCCAUGAAGGAUAGUUUAAGGUGACUACAUGUCAAAAUAAUAUAAGAGUGGAGAAUUUUACCAAAACCAAACUGUAUUUGGAGGCUUCAAAAGAUUUCUAUAUGUAUUGGAACAAAAGGAGAAUUCUCUUUUCCUAUAUACGAUCCUCACAAAAAGAAAUCAAGCAGAUGGCUUAAAGCUGGUUCCAGGAUUGCUCACAUUCUUUUAGCAUUAUGCAUAUAACUUAAUUGUUUUAGAGCAUGUUGCUGUUGUAGCAGACUAGAGAAGAAUCAAAAGGCGCAUGCUUUCAUCCACGACCAGAUUUUUAGUCCAAAAUAAUGCAUCUUUGUGUUUACUGCUGCAACUAUUGCACCUCUCUGUUUGAAUUUUCUAUGGACCACGUGUUGUGCCCCUGUGCCCCUUGAAAGCAGUUUAUGAAAAGCAACUCUCAGUCCACAGAGAAUGAAAACUCAUUGGGAACUAAGGGUCUGUUGUAUUAAGUGCAAUUAAUACAGGUUCUUGCGUUUUCUGAAAAUGUACACUGAAAUCUGGCCACAGCUGCACAGAUUGAUACCUUAGCUCCUUUGGGUUUUUUUUUUUUUCCCUUUAGGAUAACCUUGUAACAUAUUGAAACCUUUUAAGGAUGCCAGGAAUGCAUCAUUCCACAAAAAGAACAGUAGACCAACAUAUAGAGUGUUUAAAAUAGCAUUUCUGGGCAAAUUCAAACUCUUGUGGUUCUAGGACUUACAUCUGUUUCAGUUUUUCCUCAGUUGUAUAUUGACCAGUGUUCUUUAUUGCAGAAACAUACUCUCAAUUUAGGACUGUCAGCAUAUUUUUUUUUUCUUCUCAUCCUGGAGUGCAUUCAAGAUCUUCCCAAUACAGGAAAAUUAACAACAAAAAAAUUUAUAUACAGGCAGCAGCAAACAGAGCCAUGUUCAAAAGUCAUUGUAGGUUCAAGUAAAAAGGAGAAUUGUUUUCAGUUUCAGUCCAGUUUAUCUGUUUAGUUCUCUGAGCUGACAACCUCCUGAGAUGGAUACUGUAUAUGUUUUAGUAGCCUACCCAAACCCUUUUCUUACAUGAUUUUGCCAAUACCAAUUUUCAAUUUGUUUUUGCAAAACAUUUUUCAAGCCAUUGGAAUUAUCAAAUAUGAAGCAAGAGCGGAUAAGUACUUCAAAUAAGAAGUUGGUACUGCCUGACUCCAAGAGAUCAUUAGCAAAAACUGUCCCCAAAGACUGAGUGGUCUGUAAUGUAAAUAUAUAGAGAAAUAGAUAGAAAAGGUUAUUAUGACUUGAAGCAUAUAUACUGCAAAUACGCACUAAGGCACAGGUCUAAAAUAUUGCAUUGUCACUGUAAAGUAUACUUUGAAAAUAUUUAUUAUUUUUUAAAAAGGUUUUUCUAGACUCCCUCUCUGUAUGGAAUGGUGAAAUUCAGAUGCCAUGUUUUUAGAGAUGAUGAGAUGAAUUUUUAAUUCAGGAAACAGGCAGAAACAUAGGAAUUAGAACUUAGAAAAGGGAUCUUCUAAUUUACGCAUUCACACCAAUUUUGCAUUUAAAUCUAAUGAAUGGAAAAUAUUUGCGUGAAACAUCAUCUUGUUAGCCAACUUUAAAAAGUGGAUGUAGAAUGAUUAAAGAUUGGUAUGAUCUUUAAAAGAUGUAUCAAAUCGAAUCUAGAAGAUUGAAUUAAAAUGCUGUCUCAGUAUUUCAGAAACAAAAAAGGAAUGGAGGAAAAUUGCAUUUUAGGCCAUUUUUAUAUGCAGUGUACGGUCUGCUGGGCUACA